ACAAGAUCUCCAACACCGUUAUAAGUGACCUUAAACUAGCCUAUGAGGGAAGCAGGGUGUUUUACCAUCUUUUUAGUACACUGCUGGAGGUUUCAAGUGAUAUGGCAAGACAUCGGAGACAACCAUCAAAACUUACUGUAAAUGCCAAAAAGACGAGACACACAGCCAGUAGCAGCUAACUGAAAAGAUGUCAGGUCUUCACUCAGUUACAGAAGUCACUGAAAUGACUUCUCGGACAAAGCCAGCGCAGUCUGCAAGAACAAAUCUCCCGAUAGUGGUGAGCGAAGGUGUUUAUGAUGACCCUCUUGGUGGAGAUCAGCAGUGCUUCGUUCUUGUGGAUGAGAGGACUGUGGGUGUUAUGCCUGGUGUUUCGACAGUGCAGAGUCUGCUCUCGGACCAAGAUGCUGUCAUGGGUGUUGGCAAUGACAAAUCUGUUCAAGUGAUGCAGGUUGAGAACAGCAAAUUAGAGAUGGUGAACAUGCGUGACAAGGAGACUGUCGAAAUGAUGCACAUGCGUGAUGGAAGCACAGUGGAAGUGCUGCAGAUGGAAGAUGGCAAAACUGUUGAGGUUGUCCAAAUGGAUGGGGGCAAGACCUUGGAAGUUAUGCAUAUUGACAGUAGCAAGCAUCCUGAAGUAAUCCAUGUUGACGGUAGCAGUGGGAUUGAAGUGUUGAAUGUCAAUGAUUCACUUAAAGGACCAAUUGUAACAAGUGCCUCAUCAACUGUGUUUGGUCAAAGAAAUACCAAGUGCAUUUUUUCUAGUGAGGAGUCAGAGAAUGUAGCGCCUGUGGCAGUCAAGAGAGUCAUCACUUCGCAAGGGAACCAAGACACAACCAGUCUAAGUCUCAGAUCACUAGCAACAGUCAACCCUUCUAUUGUUUUGUCAACGUCAAAGAGUAAUAUAUUACCCUCCCAAGAGUAUCCCAGAAUAACAUCUAGUACCACUCUAAGCAGCAGAAGAGACUCACAGGUUAUCAGAACACAUGAGUUGCAGACCAUCACCCAUGUUAACUCAAACAUUGUCCUGUCUGGUAGUAAAGAAGUAUUUUCUGGUAAUGUUGAUGAUUUGAACAACACCAUUAUAAUUUCAUGGCCCACAAUACCAACAGAACCUGAAAACACAGUUGCCACGCAGACUGAACCGUGCCACGAUAUAGGUCCAAGUAUGAACCUCUUUUUCUGCACGUUUUAUCAAGAUGGAAGUGUUCAAACGCAAUGUGACAUGCCAGUGCAGCAGCAUGUGGGCGUUUCUACUGUUAUUAGUGGCAGCUGCAGAGGACAGACGAACAGAGCAGCAGGAAGCAUGUCUAGGGAUGAUGGAGGGACAGCACUGAAGAUGGAAAAUCUAAGAGGAUGUGAAUCCGAAUCAGGUGACCCCCAGUACUCGAGAAGUGGCAGAGUUCUGAAGCGGAAAGAGGCAGCUCUGAAGGCAGAGCCAGGCGACGAUGAGGUGGGGGAUCCUAAUUUUGAGCUCCUUGGGGAUGAGGAAGAGGAGGAAGAUUCAGGAAGACAGAUUACUGGAGAAAACAAUGUAUUUAGGAAGAAGAGAGGGAGGAAGAAGAAAAGAAGAUUACCCUCAACUGAGGAUUUCGAAGACGAGUUUACCAUACCUGCAAAUAAGGAAGAUGUGAAAGACGUAGCUGUCAAAGAGGAACCAGUUGAAGUAGACGACAGUGAAUUGGCUUUGGAAAUAUUACGGACAAAAGGUUAUGGACUAAGAACCAAGAGACGGCCAAAGAAACUCAGUGACAUGCACUACAUAGAGGAGAAGGUGGUGAAGAAGAGAAUCGAUAGAAAUCAAGAGUUUUCCUGCCAGAUCUGUUCCCAGGUGUUCCCCACAUUCACGAGACUACAGCGCCAUGCCAAAGACGAGCACGACUCAUCUGAAUUUUCCUUUCCUUGUGAUCUGUGCGGUGUUGUAUUCACAAGGCCCCAGAAUCUGGAACGGCACAAGGAUACGAAGCAUGGUGAUGGGGAGAGGCGGUUUGUGUGUGAACACUGUGGCAGGAGAUUUGCUCGUCAUGAUGUGAUGACAGUUCACAUUUCAAUGGUUCAUAUAAAGAAGACUUUACAGGGUAAGAAAGGACCAGUAGUUAUUGGACCAAAUACCUUCCAUUGCACAAGUUGUGAUAAAUUUUUCUCCAAGGAGCAGAAAUUAAGAGAUCAUAAACAAGGUGACUUAACAUGUAGUGAUUGCUCAAUAUCUUUUGAAUGUAAAACUUCCCUGAGAGUCCAUCGUUAUAAGCAUCACCCAACAGCAUGUAGUGAAUGUGGGAAAGUGUGUGACAGUAAACAACAAAUGUACUUCCAUAGACUGUCUCAUGAUCCAAAGUUUGUUUGUAAAUUUUGUAAGAAAGGAUUUAUUUGGAAAUCUCAGUACACUGUCCAUUUAGCAACACACACAGGAGAGAAACCGGUUGUCUGUGACUUGUGUGGGAAGGCAUUUGCUCACAAGCUUGCAGUUAGCAAGCAUAAAUGGCAGGAACAUAAUGAGAGUAAUAAGAAAUUCAAGUGUCAGACAUGUGGGAAGUCUUUUGUAUAUAAAGCUAAGUUACAAUCCCACAUUCGUAGCCAUACAGGGGAAAAACCGUUCAUGUGUCACCUUUGCCCAUCCUCAUUCUCGCAGCGUUGCAACCUGACUGCACAUAUAAAGAGUGUUCAUGGUGUGUACAUUCAGUCUAUCAAAAGUGAUGGCACUACUCACACGCAGUUAGUUAAAUACAAACGAGCUAAAAAGACGGCACCUGUAGAAGCCCCUCCAGCUGUUGUUAACACUGUUGUGAUGCCCUCCGUUGAAGCCCCCGUGCCUGAUCAACCUCAAGUAGCUAUUCAGGAGGAAAUGCCAGAAUCUUUUGAGACAGAGGCAGCAGUAUACCAGAUUGUUUAUGCAUACCCACAGGAACAGGUGUAACAAAAUAGAAUUAUGCAAUUUUUAUGUGAGGCUGAAAAAUAAGUAAAAAUAUAUAGAUGGUACUUUCUGUAAAUUAAUCUAUUAUGUUAAUACUUGUAUAGCUUUAUGAGUUAUAAUGACAUUCAUACUGAAUGGAUAGUAUUUAGAACUUUGAAAAAAAGUCCUGUAUGUUUUCAAGUGCUUAAAAAUGUUAUGUUGAUGUUCAUGAUCAUUCAGGGAUAUGCAAAUAAGAGAUAAUAAUUAUUAUUGACAAGUGAAUUUAAGUUUAAUUUGAAGUAAUGAUUUUGUAAAUCUUUUUAUGAUUUAUUUUUUUCAGCCUGGAAGGUUGUCAGUUUUAGACGCUACCUGUAUUUUAUAGUCUAAAACUUAAACGACAAAGAAGUUAACUUGGUUCAUGAGACCAGUAUAUUUAGAUGGAGGAUUAUUCACCCAAAAAUAAAGCUAUGUCCAUUUUACCAAGAGUUUAUCUGUCAGUGUGUAUGGGUCUGAAAAUAUUAUCAAAAUCAUGCAUUUGCUUGAAAUUGUACCAAAGUUAUUUUGUACACAAUUUAGAUAUUAAUGAUUUAUUUUUUCUACAUCUUUGUCCCCUGUUGCUCAGUUAACUGAAAUCUAGGUCUUGAAUGUUAUUUGAGUAAAUACUAACACGGUAAAUACUAACCCUUCCAAAAGAUUGUUCUUCCUAUUCAGUUUUUAUAUUUUCACUCGUGGGUUUCAUAUUCUAUAAUUGCAAUGUACAAAAAGAAAAUAUGAAAAGAGCAAUAUACAAACUUCUACAUUUCCCUUUGUUCCCUCUUUACUUCAACAAAGGUAAUUGCCCAAUGUAUUUCACUUGACAUUGAACUCCUAUUAUAUGAAAAGUGUAGGAGAGGUAUUCUGUAGAUUCAAAAGGUUGACAUUAAUUUGUAUACAGAUUUGAUACGGUUCCAAGGAGAGGUUAUAGCUUCAACAAGGAUUCUUUGUGUGCGUGCAUGUGAAUGUGUGAAUGUCUGUGCAUGUGGGUACUUGUGUGUGUGUAAAAUCAGUGGUGACUUAAACGGAUCAGGUAUAUUUCUUUGGAAAUGAAAAUGUUGGGAGGAGGCUUUAACAUUCUCUUGUUAAGUCAUACCAUUAAAUUUGUUUAACAAUUUGUAGAAAUGUAUUGAUUGAUGGUAUGUGCAUGUGGCAGGUAAAUCACUCGUUUGAACAAGUGUAAUUCUUUGUGGCCACCAACAAUAUAUUUUUUUAAUCAUAGUAGAUUAAAAAAAACUCUGAAAUAAUGGAAGAUGAUCUUCCUUUAUGUAAAGUGAGUAGUACUGAAUGAUUAUCAUUGUGAGAUUAUUCUUAAUAUGAUAUUAAAUUGUUUAUGUAAA